AUGUCACUCUCCAAGAAUACCCCGGAGUCGAUGCAUGACCUGUUGAAGAAGGGAGACAAGUACGUCGAUGCGGAGAAAGCGGAGAAGGUAACUAAAAAUCUCAGGGAUGGAUGGGAGACGGAAGCUCAUAAGCGAAAGACAAAUGAUGAGCGGAGGCACGCUGAUAAGAAUAAGCCGAAAAAUGAACACAUGAACAAGGGUUAUACCCAUGACCGGCCGAUCAAGCAGAAGGGAGAGGAGGUACAAGUACCCACCCCUUUGAACAUCCCACGUACAAAGUUAUUGAUGGAAAUACAGUACAUGAAAGAGCUCAAAUGGCCUAAAUCGAUGCUGACUCCCUCUAGCAAGAGAAAUCAAAGUAAGUACUUCCAUUUUCAUAAAGAUCACGGACAUGAUAUUGAAGAAUGUCUGCAGUUGAAUGAGGAAAUUGAGCGCUUACUAAGGCGGGGGCUAUUGGCUAAGUAUGUAAAAAAUGAUAGGGGCAAGCAAAGGCUCGAGGAUCUAUCCCCGGCAAGGGUAGGAGUGAUAAACAUGAUCAUUGGGGGUGUAGCAUUGGGCAGCGACUCAAAUUUUGCUAGAAAGAGCUAUGCGCGUUUUGUGGGGGUCUGCUCAAUCCAAAAAAAAGUAAGGUUCAACCAGAGCAUUACUUUCGAUGAAGAAGACUUGAUCGAUAUAACGCAUCCCCAUGAUGACGCGUUAGUGAUAGUAGGCGAUAUGGCAGAUUUUAACGUGAAGAGGGUCCUAGUUGAUGGGGAAAGUGCGGCGAACGUCCUCACCUGGGAUGCCUUCUUGGGUCUAAAGAUUUUCCCCGAGAAGUUGAAGAUGGUGACUACCCCUCUACAAGGCUUUGGAGAAGCAAUAGUGAUAUCGAAAGGAACUGUGGAGCUUCCAGUUACGCAAGGCACAUAUCUAGCGACAGUGGUGAUUGUGACUAACUUCUUGGUUAUCAAGACCCCCAUAGCCUACAAUGCCAUCUAUGGCUGGCCAUUGCUAAAUGCAGCUGGUGCUGUCCCAUCAACCUACCAUCAAGUUAUGAAGUUCCCAACUAGCAGAGGAGUCGGGUGCGUGCGAGGGGACCAGCAUGAAUCAAGGAAAUGCUAUGUAGAUAGUAUACAGGCUAAAGGCUCACCACCAAUCAUGGUGCUGGAUGUGGAACUCCCAAGGGGACGAAUUGAGCCGCUUCAUAUGACUGAAAAAAUCUUUAUAGCCGAGGGGCGGGGGUUUAGUGUUGGAACAGGUCUAGAAUUCGAAGAGAAGGAAAAAUUAACAAAAUGUCUAGCCAGUAACUUGGACGUUUUCACUUGGGGCCUAGAAGACAUCCCAGGGAUUAGCCCAAUCAUCGCGCAACAUCACCUCGGUGUCCAACUAGGGGCUAAGCCAAUGAAGCAGAAAAAAGAAAUUUUGCCCCUGAGAGGCAAGCCACAGCCAAAGCAGAGGUAG